UGCUGGGCCAUCGUGCGGAGCCUUUCCUACCUCAAACUCAGAAUCUCAUUACCAUAUUCCAGCACCACUGCAUCGUAGCUGCAUGCUACCUCCUCACUUGGCACCAUUACACCGAGAAAUCACCCCUUAGUAGGCGAAGGCAGGAGAGCCAUGGCACUUGCUAUCAGGCAAUUUCUGUACCUCACGCGAUUCAAUCCCCAUGUGUCAUUCUCUCCGACUUCCCUCGUCUCCCCGAUGCCUAAUUGCCAAAACCACCGCUCUUGCGCCCUUCGCAAUCGCAAUCAAACGGUAAUUGCAGCGCCGGUAGUCAAGGCUUCCGCCGGUAAUGAUAGCCUCACCGUCGAUGGUGACGAUGGAGUCUCUCUCGGAACAAUGGUCUUGCCUAUGGACACUGACCUCAAAAGAUUCGAAUCCUUGCUUUUUCAGUGGGCGAACAGUCUUUGCCAGGGAGCCAAUCUGCCACUUCCCGUGCCUCUGAAGGUGGACAAGAUACCGGGUGGAGCUAGAUUGGGUUUUAUCACGGUUGCUGAUGGGAAAACAGAAGUUCUUGUGUAUAUUGACUGCUUGGUUUUUCCAGCCACUGAUAACUCAGCUCCAAUGUUCCGUGCCAUAAGAAAUGGACUCCUAAAAGGUAAGGAUCCACCCGGUGAGCCCAGAAUCAUGAGGAGCCUUCUGCAAGCCCUUAAGAAGUCUGUUGAAAUCGCCAGAUCGUGAAUAUUCUUCGUUGUAAUGUACUUGUAGAAUUUUAUAUUUCAAUAUAUAUUACAUAUUUCAUGGUUACCGACUUAGCAGAGCAACAUGGGGCUGGACCUGUGAAGCAAACAUUGGGAAUCUAAAGUCCCGGUUUCUCCUCUAUAUUUUGGCACAGAAGAAUAAUUUGAGACUGGAAAACAAUGAUACCAGCCCCGGGUGAAUUGCCCCAUGCA